UGGAGAAAAGAAGCCCAAAUUCCUGAUGAAAACCCGUACCUGUUUGCCAGACCAAAUUAUGAUUCUCUACAACCAAUUAGGAGUUCAGAUGUGCUGAGACGAUUUGCACAUGAACCAGAAUUGGAAUUGUCUUCCCCAGAAAAUAUUACAAGUACUCAACUGCGGAAACAUGUUGCAACCGUGUCACAGAUUUUAAAUCUGGAAAAAAACGACUUGGAGGUGAUGGCAACCUUCAUGGGCCAUGACAUAGAUGUGCAUAGGUCAUUUUAUAGACUCCCUCAGGAAACCAUACAGAUAGCACGUAUGGGAAAGUUGCUUAAAGCGUUUGACAAUGGGACAAUAGCAAAAUACAGUGGGAAAAAACUUGAAGAUAUUACAGUGGAAGAUACAGAUCUUGAGGUUGCCAGUCAACAUGAAGAAUGUGAUGACACUGAUGAAGAUAUGGAUGAAGUAGCACCAGAAGAAUCUGUUAAUGUUCCAGUUGCUGUUGCACAAGCUUCGACAAGUGGUCAGAAAGGAAAAAGGAGGAGUAUUCACCAUCUUACAGAGGAACAAACAAACACCUUGCGUAGACUCUUCAAAACCAACGUAGCAUUCAGACGAGACUUGAAAAAACAUGAGUGCCUUCAGGCAAUAAAAAAAAACCGGUGCCUCAAUGAACUGGAUUGGAAAAAAGUUAAAAAUACGGUCCAUAGCUGGAUAAUCUUGGAAAAGAAAAAGACCAUUAAACUUGCCACAGCAAAAUGCUAAUUUUCAGUUUGUAGACAUACAUUUAUGAAAGUUGUUCGUAGUAACCUAAGGCAUCAGGCAACGAUACAAUUGGUGAAAUUGUCUACAUCACAUGAGCUUGUGAAAUGGUGUAUAUUUUACUUGGUUGAGUUUACAAGGUGAGCAUUUAAGGCCAUUAUUUUGUGGUUUAAGAUCUUCAGUUUAAAAAGUUGUUGUGCAAGGUCUUUGGAGGCCUACCAGUUCUAUUCUCAUAGGAUAUCAUAUACCAUUAUGUUUACAGUCAGACAGGUGGUUUGACUUGAAUGAGUUACAAUUGUUUGGUAACUUAGGUACUAUAAUAAUGGUGUUGUGGUUCAGUUGAAUACUGCUAUAACGCGUGAAUUACAGCUAACAACACAGUAGGUCAACCUCUGAACAGGAAUUUUUCAAAGUUGCCACAAUAAAUUCCAUCAAUUAUCAUCUUUGAUGAAUAAUAAUAUUAUUCACUUCUUUUUGAAGACAACCAUUUAAUCAGAAUCAGAAUAGAAUUUUUGACUUGAAGUGACUCAUACUAGUUUUAUUGUAAUUUCUUCUAAAAACAUUUCAAUUAGAUGCACUGGUAGUUGAAUAAGAUAUAAAAAAAUUGUAACUUGUACAAGUCAUACUGAGAAUGUUAGCUGCUGUUGAAAAAUGUUUCAUUCUUUGUGCUUUAGGUAAUGGUAUUGUGUAUAAUCAUGUACGAGGUUUGCAGUUGGGUUGAUGUGUUUUAUUGUCAGUCUGAUUAAAACCAGAUCUAGAAUCGCUCUACCUUAAACUACAUCUGAAAUGACUUGCAUAAGGGGGUUUAGGUUGAUAGACCUCAUGUUUAAUGGAACCCUUAAUAUGUAGCUACAUUUGCCUGUUUUAAUAUUGAUAUUUGAAUUCUGAUGCUAAAUGAUGCUUUUGUCUUUGAACUGGAGUUCUUCGUCCAAUUUUUACUCAUUGUUUACUUUGGAACAUUGUUUUGCAUUAGGCCAUACAAAGUUCUUCGGACAAAAGAUAAUGAGGGAGGGUGGUAUUUUAUUUUUAAUAUCUUACCCUUUAAAAUUGAGAAGUGAGGAAUUAUUUUAUUUUUCUGUUUGAAGUCUGAUGAGGGAUGAAUUUAUUAGAAUUAUUUUCCUGAAAAUCAACAUAAACACUUAAUGAAUGCUUAAUAUGUUUUUGGAUUUACUUUCCUCUGAUACAUAUGCUGCAUUUUCAUUUGUUUGACAGACAUUUUAUGUUUCAUCUUCAUAGCUGUGUUGGAACACAGAAAAUACUGUAAGUGGGCCGAAAAUGGGAAUAUUUUUUUUUCUCAUGCAUUGUGUGUUUUUUUUUAUUAAUAAAGUUGGUGAUGCAGGGAAUUUUCCUGAGAAAUAAGCAAUUAACUUUGUAUGGCCUUAAAAUGCUCUACUGUCUUGCAGCCACACAAUAAAUUGUUGAUUGAUCUAUAUACUGUGUACUUAUUUUGGAUUUAUUUUAGCACCUUUAACAACAGUGCUGAUUAACAGAUCAGUGUACCGUGCUAAUAAAUCAGACUAUAUAGCUGGUUAUGAUGAGUUACCAUUACUAGUUUUGUAUCAUUCUUUGUUCUAAUUGAUGUCAUGACAAUAAGUCUGUUUUACGACAUGUCAAACUCAUGAUACCCACAUAUAAAUUUGUUCUAUGUUGACUGCUGAUUAAAUCAUUCUUGUUUGUAAUUCAUUAGUUUGCACUGAGGUUAAACUGUGCAAAAGUAUGUACAUUUAAGGUAUUUAGUUUGAUUCUUUUAAGUAAAAGAAAUGGUUAUUAGGUUUGCAGUAGAAGUUUCAAAGAAAUGCUUUGGAAGUCUUUUUAAUUUAUGACAGGAUCAAUUUAGGCUUCUGGAUCGAUGAUUCUUUUGUCUACAUUAAAUGUUCAACAGAUUUAUUAGCCCACCAUCAUCAGAUCGCCCUAUUCAAAUCGCCCUGCGUCCGUGGUCCGUCCGUCCGUAAACAAUUCUUGUUACCACUAUUUCUGAAAAAGUACUCGAUGGAUCUUUCUCAAAGGAGGAGUGCCAAUUUGGGCCUUCUGGCGGCCAUGACUGAUAUUUUUUAUUUUCUGUUUACUAAUUUCUUGAAGUUAGGCGGUCAAGAUAUGACAUGAAAUUAAGGUCAGUUCAAAGUCAUUCAGUAGUUAUGGAGGGGUGAAGUGGGGGUCAAAUUCAUAAUCAUAAUUAAAAAACUAAAAUAUAUUUUUUGGUUUUGUCAUCUUAAUUUUGACGUAAUGGUCCAUUUCAAAACAUUCAUUAGAAAAAAAUGACCGGAAAAAUAUGACAUUGUUGAAAAGUAGGUCACGAUAAUUAAGUGCUAUAAUUAUUAAUUAAGUCAUUGGCGAAUGCUUCUUUUUGUCUUAAUGCAUGUACAAACAACACUUUUAUCACAUACCAUGUUUUGAUUACAAAUAUUUUUGUAUAAAUGAAAGAUAAUACAACUUAACUGCUUGGCGGUUAAUUGUGAAUUUGUUUAGGUACAAUGUGACUAUUUCAGGAAAUAAAGUGAUGGUUUACUAUCAUUUUCUACAUAUGUGUAUCAUUGUUCUAUGAAGUGGAAUACAGGAACUGUUUUGGCUCA